CAAAUCAAACGGCCCUGCUGUCGUAAAGCAGAUUAGACACAGCUGCCCCGCAGCCGUCAAGCAGAUUGGUCUCCCUGGACCUGUUACUCCCCGCAGCUUUAGGAGUCCGUUGAGAAGGCUGUCGUGAAGAGGCGGCUGUCGCGGAGCAGGAGCGGGCUGAGGGGGGGCGGUAAGCCCCUCUCUCCGCGCUCGGAAUGGCGGCCGAAUUCCACCUGAGGACCGGCAAGUUGGUGGCGUUGCUGAACGGCAACCGCACGGCCAAGCGUAACAAGCCGACCGAGGAGUUCAACCACGGGCUGGCUAUGAGCCGAGAGCCGCUGGGGGACGGGCAGCUCUUCCAGGUCCGGAUCGACAGGAAGGUAAAUUCGUGGAGUGGCUCGAUUGAGAUCGGAGUGACUGCCUUGGAUCCCAGUACGUUGGAUUUCCCCAGCAGUGCCACUGGGCUGAAGGGUGGCUCCUGGAUCAUCUCGGGCUGCUCAGUGCUGCGGGAUGGGCGCUCAGUGCUGGAGGAGUACGGCCAAGAUCUGGACCAGCUGAGUGAGGGUGACAAAGUCGGCAUUCAGAGGACUGCUGGGGGUGAGCUGCACCUGUGGGUGAAUGGGCGAGACUGUGGGGUAGCAGCCUCAGGGCUGCCCCCACGGGUUUGGGGCGUGGUAGACCUGUACGGCAAGUGUACCCAGGUGACCGUGUUGGGCUGUGACACCAUCUCUCGAAGGGAAGAAACACACAGAGCCACUACACAGGAAGGAGAGGUAAUAAAUUUGGGUUCUUCCAGGGCCGCUAAGCUACCACAUUCCUCCCCUUCCUCUCCAGGUUUUGUGGGGAUGGAGCUGUCGGAUGUUGUGAACAAUGCCAUUCUCUCAGCGUACAGUGGUAGCUUGCUGAACGUCAGCCUGGGCAGCCCGCUGGAUGGCAGCUGCUCGGUCACCUCCAACGAUGCCCUUCUCUUCCACGAGAAGUGUGGCACGCUCAUCAAGCUCAGCAACAACAACAAGACAGCCGAGCGUCGCCGCCCGCUUGACGAGUUCAACAACGGCGUCGUCAUGACCAACCGCCCAUUGAGGGACAAUGAGAUGUUUGAGAUCCGGAUUGACAAGUUGGUGGACAAGUGGUCGGGCUCGAUCGAGAUUGGUAUCACAGUGCACAACCCAAACAAUUUGGACUACCCAGCAACAAUGACCAAUCUCCGUUCAGGAACAAUUAUGAUGAGCGGCUGUGGAAUUCUAACCAAUGGGAAGGGGACACGAAGGGAAUACUGUGAGUUUAGCCUGGAUGAGCUGCAGGAAGGAGAUCACAUUGGACUCAUGCGGAAGUCCAAUGGGGCUUUGCAUUUUUACAUAAAUGGCAUCGAUCAAGGCGUUGCUGCCACCCAGACUCUGCCCACUGUUUACGGGGUGGUGGAUCUCUAUGGCAUGGCAGUGAAAGUGACCAUUGUCCACAACCACAACCACUCUGACCGACUGCGCAGGAACAACGCCAUCAUGCGGGCUCUGUCGCCAGACGUGGGGCGGCGAGUAUUCGACUCGGGUGACACCGAGGUGGAGCGGCUGCUCUUCCAUCCCAACUGUGGGCAGAAGGCAGCGAUCGUGUGUGAUGGGAGGACAGCACUGAGGCCCCACGCGACAGAUGAUUUCAACCACGGGGUGGUACUCAGCAACCGUUCCCUGAGGAGCAAUGAAAUCUUCCAAGUCCGUAUUGACAAGAUGGUGGACAAGUGGGCGGGAUCCAUUGAGAUUGGCGUGACUACCCACAAUCCUGCUUACCUUCAGUUACCAUCAACCAUGACCAAUCUCCGUUCUGGUACUUGGAUGAUGACUGGUAACGGUGUGAUGCAUAACGGGACCACAAUUCUUGAUGAGUACGGACACAACCUUGAUCGACUGAAGGCGGGUGACACCGUUGGCGUUAUGCGCAAGGAUGAUGGAAGUUUGCAUUUCUUUGUGAACAAUGUGGACCAGGGUCUUGCAGCAUCCAACGUGCCAUCCAGUGUUUAUGCCGUUGUGGAUCUGUACGGCCAAGCUGCCCAAGCCACUAUCGUUGAUGAUAUAGAUCUGCCGCCUCUGCCCGAUGAGCCUUUGGAUGGCAACAACCAGAUCUCUCCCUGCAGCCUCUUCUCACUAACCCCCAGCAAUGACCUCCGCUUCCACCAUCUCCAUGGCAACAAUGCUGUGAUCACUAACGGUGGCCGCACUGCCUUUCGGCAGAACUGCCGCAGCGAGUUCAACGAUGCUAUUGUCAUGUCCAGCAGAGCAUUGAGGGAAGGAGAGAUGUUUGAAAUAUUGAUUCAGAAAAUGGUAGACCGGUGGUCUGGAUCCAUCGAGGCAGGAGUUACAGCAAUCCGUCCGGAGGACCUCGAAUUUCCCAGCACUAUGACGGAUAUAGACUAUGACACUUGGAUGUUGAGUGGCACAGCUAUUAUGCAAGACGGGAACACGAUGCGCAACAAUUAUGGCUGCGAUCUGGACUCAUUAACCACUGGCUCGCGAAUUGGGAUGAUGCGCAGCUCGAAUGGCGACCUCCAUUACUUCAUCAAUGGGGUGGAUCAGGGAGUGGCGUGCUCAGGCCUACCGCCAGAGCUUUAUGCUGUGGUUGAUCUGUAUGGACAGUGCGUCCAAGUAUCUAUUACCAGCGGCUCACCACCUGUGGACAACAGCCUGUCACUGAGCAAUGCCACAGAGAAGUCCUUCCCAAUACAUUCCCCAGUUCCAGGAAUCGCGCACCGCUUCCAUUCCAACUGCGGGAAGAACGUGGCAUUGCAGAAUGACGGGUGUCGAGCUGUUCGGAUCCAUGGCUUUUCCCAUGGGGUUGUUCUAAGCAUGAAGGAGUUGAGGUCUGAUGAGCUCUUCGAGGGGUUGACCCUCCAUGUUGGUGUGGUAGUGAACAUUCUACAGGAUCACAGACAUCAGGAGGCUCAAGAUACCACCAGCUUAAAACAGAUCAUGUCUGACAACUGGUCAAACAUGCCACAAAACCUCACAGCAUAUAUCAUGCAGUGUGGUGACUACCAACUUCAACGAUCAACCACAAGGUUUACUCGAAGGAGCUGCGGCAGUCACAUCCAGCCAUCGGCGAAUUCGUCCGAGGCUUCACGAUGGAGGAUGCCGAUGGAUACAGAAAGGACACUCCACACCACCUUCCUCCAUCUUGCUGCUGCCGAGAUAGAGACAGAACACACCGGCGAAAGCGGAUAUCAAGGCGCGCAACUUCCGGAGCCCACAGCGCCCUCUCCAACGAAGAGCCUUCGUAGAUUUCCGGAGCUCACGCCGCCCUCGCCGAGGAACGUUCGUAGAUUUCCGGAGCCCACACAGCCCCCGCCGAGGGACCUUCGUACAUUUCCGGAGCCCACACCCGUGGUAGCUUCGGGAAUCUCCGGUAUUAAGGAGAAUUUGUGCUGGACACCACCACCUGAAGUGAAUCCCAUGAAAACCUGUGAAUAUCAGGCACUUUGUGCAAGAUUCAAGGAACUCCUUCCACUGCCAGAUGGUUACUUCGACGAGGAGCUGAAGUGCAACCUGUGCUACUGUGAAUCCUGCCACAAAUUGCGUGGAGAUGAAGCCUACUACAAGCGGGGCGACCCGCCAAAGGACUACGCCCUUCCAUUCGGAUGGUGCAGGUUCGCACUCAGGCUGAAUCCACGUUGUGAAGUUGCUAAUGUCUACAAGAAGUGGCACACAGCAUAUCAUGGAACGUGUGUGGGCUCCCUGCGACGAACCUUGGACCAUGGGGAGCUGGUAUCAGCAGGGAGCUCCUCGAUCUUCUGCACCAAUGAGGCUAAAGUUGAGCUCCAGAAUGGAUACAAUGAUCCCGAGGAGAACAGUAUUCAGGAGAAGGACGUUGUAAAAGUCAGCCUCUCUCCAACAAUGCGAUAUAUUGGUCUUGACCGGUUCUGUCCUAAAAUACGGUUCAAGGACUUGAAAUCCCAACGACAUCACCAUGCUCAAGUGGCCUUCCAGGUUUGUGUGCGGCCAGGAUCGUAUAAGGUGGGCCCACAGUCUGUGGGGGCCAGUGAGUCAAUCGAUCCCAGGUUCAGCAACAACGAAAUCGAGUGGAUCACCAAGGAGAGGGCCUCAACGGUCCUUUAUGGCCUGUUAAUCCGUGUGGAAUGAAGGAUUUCCCAUCUAACCCACUAGCCCCUGUGAAACUCUGGAGGAGAGAAAGACUGCGAGCAUGGAGCAAACCCUGGGGGAGCAGGGGAUGAUCCCACUUUGGUGCUACAGCAACAGUGGUGUAUUGGGUGGGGUUUGGGGUGGCGAGAGAGCACAGAGUUGGGACACGUUUGCACAGUUUUACACAACUUGCUGUUACACCAGUGGAAUGCUGCACUAUUGACUCUUAUGUUCAAAAGAGAGAAAAACACACACAAAAAAAAAACCUCAAACUAAAAUGUUCAGUUGAGUUUAAUCUUGCAUUUUGGGGAGGGGUAUGUUUUUGUUAGGGAUGGGUGUGGGCCCAGUUUCCACUGAGGUGAACAGUUUUGUAGGUUUGUUUUUUCAGAAGAAGUUUCCAUUUAACUCCUUGGACGAUAGAAACUUGAGGCCUGGGCUGCACACAGCCUGAGGGACAGGCCAGAAGCCUGAUUCAUUACUAGAAUAUAGAACACUUAACACUGGAUAUUUCCUCUUCUUGAGGGGGUUGGGGAUUGGAAAGAUAGGGCACAGAAAGGUAAAAGUGCCCCCAUCGGAGGGACAGGUGUGUGCAAACGCUGUUGCAACAUUUAAGGCAGUAAGACUUUCUUCUGAACUCCUGUGCACAUGAUUGCAUGCCAACCACAGAGAAACUUGCAAACAUGUGUAGUGUGUGAGCUGCCAGGGUAGGGAAGGAUGGGCAUGCCAGUGUGUUUGUCAGUAAAUGGGCUGGAAGCGGGGAAACGGUUACAUAGAUCUUCUAAAUCUGCCCAAAUCUCAGGAUGAAAGGGAGAAGCGGCAUGGGGUUGGCCCCUGUCAGUUGGCCCGGUCACUGCACCAAGGAAUUGCCUAAGACUCGAGCGUGAUGCACCUCCAGCAAGUAAUCGCUGCUUGCCUUCACCCUCUGAGCUCAGCCACUGCAAUGUGGACUGGCACAUAUCCUAUUGUGACCAGUGUGGGGUUUUUUGACAUAAGUUGGACUCCACUGCUAAUCAUAGAAUCCCUACAGUGCAGAAGCAGGCAGUUCGGCCCAUGGAGUCCACACCGACCCUCCGAAGAGCGUCCCACUCAGAACCCCAGACCCCCCCGCCCCCCCACAUACCUGUAACCCUGCAUUUCCCAUGGCUGACCCUCCGACCCCACGCCUGCAACAUCCCUGGACACUGUGGGGCAAUUUUGCAUGGCCAAUCCACCAUAACCUGCACAUCUUUGGACUAUCUGUUGGCUGCCUGUUGUCAGUUUUCUGCCAUUUCAUCUUUGAUGUAAAGCUGCCAAUUAGUAUCCAGUGGGAAUUGGAAGGGAUGGGAUGGGCUAGCAGUUACAAGGUGGGGUAUGACUGCAGCUGAGGAAUGCAGGGAUAAACUGAGAAGGUCCCACUGCCGCAGUGUGAACUGGCGGAGGCAACAGCUGACUGAGAGCAUCGCCUGGACUUAUUUGAUGGCUUCGUGUAUUUUGCACUGGAAGGUUUUUUUUCGCCGACGCAGACCUUCUUGCGAACAAAGCAGACUGCUUUAAAACGUUAACUCAAAAUGCAUGUGCAUAUGUUGUAACUUGUUCAUGUUUAGGCUGUGACACGCAGGAAGCUGGAACAGAAAUGGGAUUGGCAGAGAGGUUGGAGUCAUUCCUGGGCUGUGUAUAUCCCACACCCCAUUCAGACAUACUCUAGACAAUCAGUUCUGCUGAGUUGUUUAACCCUUCACAGUCUAAUGUCAGACUAAAUGCAAGGUCACCUACUCUCCGAUCAUUUACCACUUCAAGCCAUGUGGCUGAUUUAUCCUUUCAAGAGCGAUUUUUCAACAGUUUUCAAAUUUUCUGUGAUGAAUAAUCCUGACUGGAAGCAGUUUUCAGAGUGGGAGUUGGCACUUUUAAUAGAGAUGGUAAGUGUCUAUUGGUGUUUAAACUGAAUUAAUAUAACUCUGUCAGAGGAAUGUAAGACUGCAGUCUGGAAACUUCUUAAGUUACAUGAGAUUCUUCUCUUUCCCUUGCCUCUUUUUCCUUCCUUCAACUUGUCCUUCCCUGGCAAGGUGUCUUACAAGCUAGAAGCACAUCCCCUCUUAUUAAAGUCAUUUAAUCUUUAGCCUGGGGAACAGUGAGGGUUGGGGGAAGAGAGAAGGAAGUGGAACACUCCAAUGGAUGGUAAGAGACUGACAAAAAAAAACCAAACGUGCUGGAGAAACUCAGCAGGUCUGGCAGCACCCGUGGAGAGAGAGAGAGACAGAAUCCACUUCUCAAGUUGAGUAUGACUUCAGAAGAAUUGUCAUAAUGGACUUAACGAGGACUGUUUCUCCACAGGCAUUGCCAGAUUGCCCAAUUUUCUCCAGCACUUUUUUUUUCCAGAGUUUCAGUAUCCGCAGUAUUUUAACUUUAUUGUAACGGGGACGUCUGUAUUUCUCUCCCUCUUCCAUUACCGAUGAGAGUCUGUUUUUAAUAAAAAAGGGAACAAGUGAUUUUAAGAGACAGUUACAUUUGACAUUCAUAAAAGGUUAUCUCAAAAGAAGUGUCUUGCUGUUCAAGGAUCUACUUUUUGAAUGUAAGCAGGUUGAGACUUGUGGGAGUGGCACAGGGAGUCUCCACCUCAAGGCGUGCAGUGAUUCAAGGAGAGCUUCUACCAGGGAGCGAGGGACAUGCCCUGUCCAACAUUGUCCACAUCCCAAAAAAAACUAGACCUGUGAUUUCCUCUAUCCAGAACUGGCAAAUGUUUUUAGAGACUUUGUCUCCUCAACUGUUCCCAGGUAUUUAAACACCUAGGAAACGAGAGUAGGGGCCAUUCAGCCCCUUGAAAUUUCUGUAUCCCAUUAGAUUAUGUGCCUGCCCUUCAUCUUAGUUGCCAUCUGCCGACCCUUGCUGUAAUUUGAGGCCAAAACCAGUAUUGGUAAAAGUGUUACUAAGGAGAAUGCAUGAUAAUUGACAGUAAAGUGCCAGGUUUUGUAUAAAGCCUGGCAGUUGAUUAUAAAUCAUCAUAACAACUAUUGCAACAGUGACUAUCAUCUCAAAAGUCUGUGAUUGGCUUAAAAUGCUUUGGAAUGCCCAGGAGUUGAGGUACCACAUUAAAGCAAGCGUUUCUUUCAAUCAACACCGCCACUUAGCUCAAAUGCCACUGUUGGGUUAUCCUUAAGAUUUAGUGGAGAGAAUACCAGCCCAGACUGUGCAGCUUUAUAUUUAACUAUAACACUUACCAUGUUCCUCACAACAAGCUGGAACUUGACUUGCCUGUUUUCUACCUCUAUCAUUAUCCUAUUCCAGCUUGAACCAGUAUAGCAACUGUAAUCUAAGUGGUAGUUUGUCACUUCUGAAAGGUCCUCUCUAAUUUGUGUUUUCUUUGGGGUUGAAGGACCAGCCCCUCUUGCAGGAUGUGGAGCACUGAGCACAAUGCCUGGGGGUCCAUCAUCAGCUGCUUCGGCCUGUGCUGAUAUUUCAAUGUGCACUUUGUAAAGGGAAAGGGAUGAAGUGUUUGGCAGAGAGGGUGGUGGAGCAUUUCACUUUUGCAAUGCAAGUCCCUUGGGAUGAAGACUAAUGUUGCAUAGUGUUUAUGAUUUACUUGCAAGACCAGUGCUGUCUCUUUGUCAUCAAAACACUUCCAAUUCCUUGAUUCUACUACGGAUUCUCUUUACCUCUGUCAUGAAGAAAACAUUCUGUUUAGUCUUCCUCUGAUUCAGAGUCUGCUUUGGUUUGUUUGACUUUUCUUUCCGUAUCCCUUUGUAAUCACUUGACCAUUGGGAUGUGGGGUAGCACUGGCUAGACCAGUAUUUAUUGCUAAUUCCUAAAAGGCCAGAGGGCAGUUUAGAGUCAAUGACAUUGCUGUGGGUUGGAAGUCAUGUAGAGCUGUUGGGGAAGGACAAUUUCCCAAAAGAACGUUAAUGAUCCGGAUGGCUUUUACAACACAGGCAGUGAUGGUGUCGUGGUACUAUUGCUAGACUGUUAAUCCAUAGACUCAGGUAAGGUUCUGGGGACCCGGAUUCAAAUCCCACCACGGCAGAUGGUGGAAUUUGAACUCAGCAACAAAUCUGGAAUCAAGAGUCCAAUGAUGACCAUGAAACCAUUGUCAAUUGUUGGGAUAAAAGCCCAUCUGCUCACUCAUGUCCUUUAGGGAAGGAAACUGCCAUCAUAACCUGGUCUAGUCCAGUCUAUAUGUGACUUCAAAUCCAUGGCAAUGUGGUUGACUCUUAACUGCCCUCUGGACUAUUAAGGAUGGACAACAAAUGCCUCUCUAGCCAGCAUCACCCACGCGCUGUAAAUGGAAAAAAAUAUUGACACGUGGUCACCAUCAGACUAACUUUUUAUUCCAGUUUUUCUUUUCCAUUGAAUUCCAGUUACGCAACCUUCCAUUUUGGGAUUUGAAUUUACAAUCCUAGAAGAUUAGCCUGGAGUUCUAGAUUACUCAUUCAGUGAAAUGACAACUAUACCACCACCCCACAUUUGUUUUACCCUGACAAAGACAGGUUGCUUUUGCCCCAUUUGUCGCCUCAAUUUCCAGUUCACCUCACAAGGUUGCCUCCAGUUAUGUACACUUUCACACUUACUGACAAAUUCUUGUAUAGGUCCUGAGACUAUUCAAAGCUGCUGUUUUAAUGCCCUGCUGAGUAAAUGCUGCAGUGUCACAGGUGCUAUCUUUCCAUGAAGACAUUAAGUCAAGACUCCAUCUGCCUUCUAAGGUGAUAUUAAAAGAUCUCACAUCUGCAAUUGCAAUUAUCUGCAGAGUCCUGGCUAAUUUUUUUUUUGCUUCUACCAAUAUCAUUAAAACAGACCCUUUUACACCCAUUGGUCAUUGCAUUUUCUACAUUUGCAGCAGUGACCACUCAAUUACUCCAAUUGGUUGGGAAAUGCUUUGAGAUGUGCUGAAGUUGUUCAUGGUAUAAAUGUAAAUUAAUCACACUUUUCCAUAUCAAACUUCCUGCUAAACCUGAUGAUGACAUGAUUGGCAAGCUACUACUGGCAUUUGAUCUUCAGCCAAAUAAAAAUAUUCAUAUGACACUGCAGGCGACUUGAGCUUGGACUGAUUUAUCCAAUUUUGUCGAACUUAAUACAGAUUUCUUUUCCCCUUUCAAAUAUUUGAAGGUUCCUACUGAUCUUUUUUAAUUCUUUCACAGGAUGAGACUAUUACUGGAAUCUGUUACCCAUCCCCAAUUACCCUUAAGAAGCUGAUGGUGAGCUACCUUCUUGAAACAUUACAGACCAUGGGUGGAGCAAUACUAGUGCUGUUAGGAAUGGAGUUUCCCAGGAUUUUGACCCAACAACAUGAGGGAACUCUGAUGUAAUUUGAAGUAAGGAGGAUUUAUGGCUUGGAGGAAACUUGCAGUUAUGUCCCCAUGUAUCUGCUGCCCUUGUCGUCCUAGGUGGUAGGGGUCGUGGGUUUAGAAACUGUCGUGAGUUGCUGCAGUGCAUCUUGUAACUGGUACACACUGCUGCUACUGUGCAUUUACAGUGAAAAAUGUAAACCUUGAAUGUAAUAGGAUGCUUUGUUCCGAAUGAUGUUGAGUCUCUCGAGUAUGGUUGGAGCUGCACUCAUCCAGACAAGUGGAGCAUAUUCCGUCACGCCCCUGACUUGUGCCUUGCAGACAAUACUAAGGGAUUGCUGGAGGUGCUGACUGUGAGAUGGAACGUUAAAUGGUGUCCCAACGUACCCGCUCAGGUUGAUGUGCAAAAUCCUACUGCUAUUUGGAGAAAAGCAGGUGAAUUAUGCACUGUUAAAGUUUCGAGUCCAGUGACCCUCCUUCAGAAUGUUUUGCAAAAGGAUCACUGGACUCUAUAUUAACACUGCUUUCUCUCCACAGCUGCUGCCAGAUCUGCUGAAUUUGUCCAGCAAUUUCUCUUUUUGUUUCGGAUUCCCAGCAUCAACAAUUCUUUGUUAUAUUUUAGAGUUGUGCACUGUAUUUGGCCAACAUUUAUUCGUCAGUCAGCAUCACUAAAAUAAUCUGGUCAAUGUUACAUUGCUGUGUUUAGGAGGUAUGAUGUACAACAUGUUUGCUGAAUUUCCAACAUGAUUCCUGUGACUAAACUUUGAGAUGUAUGGCAGCUGUGAAGAUCUUUCUUUUCACAGUAAUCCUCCCAAAAAUCAGGAAAUGAAGGGAAGAGGGGAUGAUCCCUAUGAGAGCUCCACUGUCUGGAAUGUCCAUAAGUUACAUAGAAUCACAAAAGUAUUACAAUAUGAAGGAGGCCAUUCCGUCCAUUGUGUCCAUGCCAGCUCUUUGCAAGAGCACAUCAAGUUUCCUACAACCACUCCUACCCCACACACAUGCACAGACUUCCCCCUAGACCUGCAAAUAUUUUCUCUUUAGGUGCUUCCAGUUCGCUUUGGAAAGCCAUGGUUUGAUCUGUAAUAAUAUUAAGAUAAAACGUGUUUUUUCAAUAAACAUUUCACUGAAUAUAA